AUGAACGGGAUGAGUCUCACACCUGUAAUGAGGAAAAUAAUGCUUUUAGUUCUGAAAACAACAACCUAUGCCGGUUUAAUAUUUUUUCUUGGAAACUCAAUGUUAAAUGAAGUUGAAGUUUAUGAUGACUGUUUCAUGACUCAUGAAUUGGAGUUUCGCGCCGAUGAAAAUCUUUUAAUGUUGUUAGUCAUAUAG